ACGGACAUUAAUUAGAGAAAAUUCGAGGGAAGCUUACUCUGCGAAAUCGUAUUUCUCGCUCGAGACAUCGACCAUUGCUGCUUAAUUUAGAGUCAUUCUUGUGUGAUUCAUUGGUGAACAAACAAUGGCUGAUGUAGUGGAGAAACCAGAGGGCAAAGCCGAUGCAUCGGGCGACCCCAGCAGAGUCCAGGAAGUUACCCCAGGCAGUGACGCCAAUGGUGACCAAGCCAAGCAGACUGCUGUUGACGGCAGCCAGAUAUCCACGCCCAAGGAACCGCUGCAAGAGUCUGAUUCGGUCGUUAACGAUGAUCAGGAGAAAGAAGAGGUCUCUGGGAGUGGAGACGGGGAGGAAUGGUUGGAUGUUCUAGGGAGUGGCAAACUGAGGAAGAAGGUUCUCAAGGCUGGUCAAGGAGAGGCCGCUCGGCCUGACAGGGGUAUGGCCAUGACUGUGAGGUACAAGGGCAUGCUCGAGGAUGGAACAGAAGUCGAGGGUGAAGAAAAGGCCACUUUCACACAAGGAGAAGGAGAAAUAGUACAAGCUAUUGACUUGUGUGUAUGCCUGAUGGAGCUAGGUGAGGUAGCAGAAAUCCAUACCAAUGCUAGAUUUGCCUAUGGUGAAUAUGGAAAAGCGCCAAAGAUUUUGCCCAACACUGACAUGAUUUAUGAAGUAGAAUUAUUAGAAACAAACCCUCCACCUACACCUAUCACAAUGACAUUAGAAGAAGUAUGUCAGCUAGCAAACAAGAAGAGGGAGUAUGGUAAUCAACUGUUUGGAAGGAAGGACUUUUCUGGUGCAAUCAAUUCGUACUCAAAAGCCAUCACAUUGCUAGAUGAUUGUCCAAGUGGAAAGGGUGAUGACUACGAGAAGGAAGUGAAUGAUAUGUUGGUCAAAUGCUUCAAUAAUUUGGCCGCUGCUCAGCUCAAGGUGGACGCAUUCUCAGCAGCUCUUCAGUCUUGCAAUUCUGUCUUAUUGAAGGAACCCAGCAACGUGAAGGCACUGUUUAGGAAGGGCAAGGUUCUAGCUGGCCAACAGGAAUUCACUGAAGCUCAGACGUAUCUCAAAAAGGCAUUAGCAAUAGAACCAUCGAACAAGACCAUUCACCAAGAGCUAGCUAAGCUCUCAGUGAAACAGCAAAAGGAGGUCAAGUCUGAAAAGGCCAUGUACCAGAGGAUGGUAGGAGAUAUGGCCGCCGUGUCCGAGUCUGAGAAAGAACAGAAAAAUAGCAAUAGAGCUUAUUAUCUUCUGAUCGGAUUAACAGUGAUCAUUGCUGCUGUCGGGGUAGUGCUUUCUCUUUAUUUGUCGUAGACCUACAUAACGAUGCUGUUAGCCAUCUGUGACCAAAUGGACUUCAAAACAACUCCAGAGUAAGAAUAUAAACACCUUUAAAAAUGCAAUAAAUGCAAUACGAUUGCCUAAAAUUAUCCAUUUGAUGACAGUAAGCAAAGUACGGGUCUCUAUCUCUCCUUGUCAGGCCCGAAAAAGUAUCUUUCGUUGUGAUUUUUUUUUGUGGAGUCUACACAAUAUGAAUUACGGAGUGCUGGCACUGGUUUCAAGCAGGAUAAAACUGAUGAUCGGUUAUAGGCCAUUGUAGUUUUAAAGUUUGGUAUAAACUAAAGUUAUGUGGUUUAUUUUUAUGAUAGCAUCGCCUGUAUUUGAGACCUCUUUCUGCAGUUAUAUUCAGUUCUACAUACCAUUAAAGGCCCUACAUGCACCCUUCUUUAGUGGUCCACGGAAGAGAUGCAGGAAAUCCACGGCAUUUAAUCCAGAUGUUCGCCUUGUACGGAUUCUAUCCUUCUUCUGUCGCUUUGGAUUUAUUUGUAGAAGCAAGAAGCCCAUGGAUUCUGGAGCAAAUAAGUGCAGUAGGAGGAAAUAGCCCAUUUUGUGAUGUAUUCAUGCUAACCUCUUGCCCCACAGUUGGGGUAUAAGCUACAAUAAUACUCUUUAAUAAAAUACUUCUACAAUCUACACACAUGUGCAUGAUUUGAUCCCAAUUUUCACCCAACGUUUAUAUUAACUUAUUACAAAAUUGUAACUUUGAACUUUGAAACGCAUGAAUAUUGAUGCUAGGAUCAUGGAAUAUUACAGAGAUAGAGAUACUUGCAUUUACCUUUUCAACCUAUUUUAAGUAUAUGUACACCUGUUUACAAAGUUAAUUUAAAAAGGGAAAUCAACUUUGAUUGAAGAUUGUGAGCUGUGAGAUGAUUUGAUUAAUAUGUUUAUGUAAAAAAGGUGUGAACAAUAUAGAUUAUUGUACAUAGCUAUUUCUAG